UGUAUGAUUUCUGCUUGAUGUAUCUUACUCGAUCUCACUACUGGUGUUUUGUCUGGGUUCGGGAUGGUAUGGACUUUUUAGAAGGUCUUCGAAAUAAUGUGGUUUAGAAUACGGCGAGUUUUUUUUGUUCCGAUAUUUGUGGUGCUUAUCAUACUAAAGGAUGUUGAAUCUAUACGGAAGCACGAUGGUGGCUGGUUCUACACCGACCCUAAGAAGUGCCAAAUACGGUGCGAUAAGUGGUACGGGAAGUUCCGCAAAGCUGGGACCGAAGACGAGCUGCAGUCUGUGUCCAAAGGAAAGAUCUACGUGGGCUUCAAAUGCAUUUGUCACUCAUCCAGAGAGAUCCGGGCCGCCAUUGAGGCUCUCUACAACUUCAAAGAAUCCAAAAGAUAUCGUAGAAUGCAUUUCUUUGGCUUCGGUAACUAUAUAAAGCGGAGGUAUAAAAAAGUCGAGUUCAUCGGCUCUGAAUGGUAUAAACCGAAAAAAAUGAAUUGAUGGAGAGAACAAAGUAAUUUUACUAUCAAGGACUGCGUGGGCCGUACAAUCGUUCCCUCGUAAACAGCUCUUUUCUUUUGGGGAAGCCUCAUUUGGUUUACAUCGUUAUAGGAGAUAUUAAAAGAGAUUCUAAACACAGCA